AAAUCUUCCCUUCAAGUUGUGAAAGAUAUUUUACGUAUAAAGUCAUAAACCCUAAAACCUACAAAAUUCUCCGCGCCACCGCUCACUCCUCCUUCUCCGAUCGACGACGAUGAGGCCUUUAGACGAGCAAGAGACUACCGUCGUGUUCGAAAAGCUUCACAAAUUCACAGGUAACAACCUCAAGAACAUCGUCGAGAAUCCCUCUCAUGAAGGCACCGAACCAAAUCCCGGCCGCUACUGCUUCCGCCUCCAGAAGAACAAGGUUUAUUACGUCAGUGACUCCCUCGUCAAGCGAGCCACCAACGUAGCCCGCUCCAACCUCGUCUCUCUCGGCACCUGCAUCGGAAAGUUCACUCAUGGCGGCAGUUUUCAUCUCACUGUUCAGUCGUUGGGGCUAUUGUCCCCCAAUGCCAAGCACAAGGUUUGGCUUAAACCAACCUCUGAGAUGUCCUUUCUGUAUGGAAACCAUGUUUUAAAGGGCGGCUUAGGACGGAUUACUGAAAAUAUUGUUCCCGGUGAUGGGGUCGUCGUGUAUUCUAUGUCGGAUGUGCCUUUGGGAUUUGGAAUUGCGGCAAAGUCCACGCAGGAUUGUAGGAAAUUGGACCCAAAUGGGAUUGUGGUUCUACACCAAUCGGAUAUUGGAGAGUAUUUGAGGAUGGAGGAUGAGCUUUAAAGGAUCAAGGAUGAAGCUGAAUUGAGUUUAUUGGGAAUCGGCUUCCCGUUCCAGGUAUACUCCAGUUGUUCUUGUAAAGUUUGUUGAUCAAUAGGAUUUUGAGCUCAAAUUGAUAUUCUAUUUUAGGCAUCAAGUCAAUUUUGUAUCUUUUGAACACCAUGGUGUGAGAUUUGUCUCUUUAAUUGAGUGUUUAAGUUAUGUGAACGAUGAAACUAUUGCUCUAAUCCGAGCUAUCUAAUAUCAUAGAGAUAAAGAUUUUGCUUA